AUGUAUAAGAUAGCCCCCAGAGUUCCUCCCAUGGAGUCCUUGAUCACUUUCAGCAGAGUGUUCAAGGUCAAAAUUAACGAGCCACUAGAGGUGAAUUUUGUGUUUUCUAAAGUGUCCAAAAUGGCCUCCACCCCAAUUUUAAGGCCCUCUCCACAGUCACCAUCUCCCAUCUUGGUGUCCCAGAUGGUCAGUUCUGGUUCUUUUUCAAUGAUGUUCUGGACGGCUGUUCUUAUAAUAGUGUUCAAUGUUUCAGGGUUGACUUUAACAUCUCCUUGUUUCUCCACCUUCCGCGCUGACGAGUCCUCAUCAUAA